AUGUCGUUUAUGAAGAAGCUCAGCGCUGAGAGCUACCGAGUGGGAUGGAUCUGCCCGUUGGAAGUCGAGCAGCUUGCGGCAAUGCAGAUGCUUGACGAAAAGCACGAGCGACUCAGCCAAUCUCCCGCUGAUAACAACGUCUAUAACCUCGGGAGCAUUAAUGGGCACAACGUCGUCAUUGCCGGCCUCCACGAGUCUGGAAAUUGCCCCGCUGCGACUGUUGUCACUCAGAUGAGGAUGACCUUUCCCCAUCUCAGAUAUGGUUUGCUGGUUGGCAUUGGGGGUGGAGUGCCAGUUGAGACUGACGAAGGUAUGGUCCGGCUGGGCCAUGUGGUGGUCAGUAAGCCGACGGGCCAACACUCUGGAGCCAUACAAUAUGACCAUGGCAAGGCAACCCAAGGCCAUUUUGAGCGCACAGGCUCUCUUAUGCCGCCUCCAGCGGCACUUCUCAAUGCUGCACAGGACCUAGCUGUAAAUCGGAUGAUGAUGGACCAUGAUCCUGUCUGGAGGAACAUACAAAGAAUCCAGACGGAACGCCGGGGUCUGCGACGAUUCAAGUUUCCAGGUUGCACCGCCGAUUACCUCUAUAAACCUCAUUAUCAACACCAGCGACCGAGGACAUCUUGUGACAAAGCUGGAUGUAACCCAAAGGAGCGUAUCGAGAGAGCUAUGGAUCCAGAUGAGGAAUCUUUUGUUGUAGUGCAUCGAGGCACCAUAGCCUCUGGAGAAUUAGUGCUGAAGGAUGCUAAGAAGAGAGAUCGCCUAGCGGAGAAGCAUGGCCUUUUAUGCUUUGAGAUGGAGGCUGCUGGGGCGCUUACCGAGUUUCCUUGCCUGGUUAUUCGUGGCAUUUCUGACUACUGCGACUCUCACAAGAACGAUGACUGGCAAGGAUUCGCGGCUGCUGCAGCGGCUGCGUAUGCCAGACAAUUGUUCUUUCACAUGCCUAUUGAGGUGAUGCAGAUACCCGAGAGUCAGAUACCCACCGAUUUAUCCAAGCACGUUCAAUUCUUGGUCCCAUAUAAGGAGAACCCCGAGUUCGUUGGCAGAUCUGAUAUCCUAGCUCGACUCCAACAACAACUUGACGUUGGCCAGCAACAAGGGCCUGCCAAGCCAUUCCCGAGAGUCGCACUCUAUGGUCUUGGCGGGAUCGGAAAAACGCAGAUUGCACUGGCAUAUGUGUACUGGCUCCGUGAGACCUAUCCAGAUGUUGCAGUAUUCUGGGUACACAGCGGAAAAGCAGAACAAUUUCAUGAGGCUUAUGCUUCCAUUGCGAGAGAAUGUAACGUUCCGGGGCACGACGAUCCAAAGGUGGAUAUAUUACGGCUCGUCAAGCAAUGGCUCGAACGGAUUUUCAAGACCCGGUGGUUAAUGGUAAUUGAUAAUGCCGAUGAUACUGAGCUGUUCUUCAGAUCCCAACAAGACAAGCCAUCAGUGACAGCGACCGCAUCUUCUCAUAGAGAAGACGAGCUUGGGUGCUAUAUCCCAGAUUGUAGGCACGGAUCAAUCCUUGUUACCACCAGAAACAAACAGGCAGGGCUGAAGUUGGCCCAAGGAAAGUCGUUGAUUGAAGUCGGCAGUAUGAAGAGAAAUGAAGCACACUUGCUGUUAUGUGGAAUUUUGGAUGACAGUCAGCUUCCUGAACAUGACACGCACCUCCUCGCGUCUAAACUUGAGCAUAUACCACUUGCCCUCGCACAAGCAGCGUCCUUUGUUCAAGAAAAUUCCAUACAUAUCAGCGAAUACAUCCAAUUACUGGAUGAAAGUGACUCAGAAUUGCUUAGCCGUCUGAGUGAGUCUUUUGUGACAGUGGGAAGAGACUCAGAAACGCCGCAUGCAGUCACAGCAACAUGGAUCAUCUCUUUCGAACUAAUAAAGCAGCGAAAUAUACUGGCAAGCAACUUUCUAUCUUUCCUUAGCUUGUUUCAUUGGCAAGCGAUCCCCAAGGAAUUUGUGCAUGACUAUUGCAGCCGCGUGUCACCGAGCGAUGCACUGAACAUUACAACGGCAGCAAUUACAAAGGCUUUGGGCAUCCUCAAGGCCUUUUCUUUAAUUUCAGAAGACAAGGACCGAAAUAUCAGCAUGCACCGGCUCGUACAACUAGUGACGCGCAAAUGGCUUGCUGUUAGAGGUACAACCGCUGAGUUCGGACAACGAGCUCUCAAAACGGUGUCUGCACUUUACCCACGUGGUAACAGUUACGAGAAGCAAGGAAGAUGUUCAGAGCUUCUUCCACAUGCAUGUGCCAUUCUAGAGAAUACUCGAUGCACUCCUUAUGGCGAAACGGACACAUGGUGGACAGGAACUUCCCCUCUCUCAGCGUCACAGACAACACAUUCAAGAAAGCAAAACGCUACGAAAGCAGGAAUUGUAAACGACGUGAAUGAAAAGAGACAUCGGUCUGAGAAGGCAUCGGAAGAGCUGCGUGUAAAGGCAGGUCUAUUGUCCAGUAUGGGGGAGUAUUUCUUCUACCAAGGCAACUGGAACAAAGCGGAAGAGCUCCAAUUUGAAGCAAUGGCUAUAUUCAUUGAGCAAGAGGGCAAAGAAGAUCAAUGGACACUCUCCAGUAUGCAUGCUCUUGCAUUAAUAUAUACCCGGCAGGGCCGGUGGGAAGAGGCGGAGAAGCUACAGGUGCAAGUGGUGAAGACUAAUAAGAUUCAGCUAGGAGCAGAUCAUCGUGGUACACUUGCCAACGAGCACGCUCUUGCAUCAAUAUAUACCCGACAGGGUCGAUGGGAAGAGGCGGAGAAGCUACAGGUGCAAGUGGUGAAGACUUAUAAGAUUCAGCUAGGAGCAGAUCAUCCUGAUACACUUAAUGCAAUGGGAAACCUCGCUAAGACUUGGUUUAAUCAAGGCCGAUGGGAAGAGGCAGAGGAGCUACAGUUGCAAGUGAUGGAGAAUCGCAAGAGUAAAUUAGGAGCAGAUCAUCCUGAUACACUUCCUGCAAUAGGAGACCUCGCCAUAACUUGGUAUAAACAAGGCCGAUGGGAAGAGGCAGAGGAGCUACAGUUGCAAGUGAUGGAGGCUCGCAAGAGUAAAUCAGGAGCAGAUCAUCCUGAUACACUUACUGCAAUAGGAAACCUUGCUAUGACUUGGUCUUGUCAAGGCCGAUGGGAAGAGGCAGAGGAGCUACAGUUGCAAGUGAUGGAGACUCGCAAGAGUAAAUUAGGAGUAGAUCAUCCUGAUACACUUACUGCAAUAGGAAACCUUGCUAUGACUUGGUCUUGUCAAGGCCGAUGGGAAGAGGCAGAGGAGCUACAGUUGCAAGUGAUAGAGACUCGCAAGAGUAAAUCAGGAGCAGAUCAUCCUGAUACACUUACUGCAAUAGGAAACCUUGCUAUGACUUGGUCUUUGAUGGAGACUCGCAAGAGUAAAUUAGGAGUAGAUCAUCCUGAUACACUCUUUAGUACGGCAAACCUCGCCAUGACUUGGAAAGGUCAAGGACGAGAUAAUGAUGCUAUGGCCUUGCUACAGAAGUGUGUCGAGGCCCAACGGCGGGUUCUUGGGACGAACCAUCCUGGGACUCUGCACUUUUUAUCUAUUUUGAAUGACUGGAACGAUGGAAUUAGCAUGGGAAUGAUGUUAGGUUGGGAGAUGUUUGAGGAAUUGCUUAACUAA